AUGGGGCAAACCGGCGACCAACAGAGCAAGAACAUCCCGUCCUACGACCCGGACAGUUCCAGCUCGCUCGCCGACACUGGCCGCCUCAUCGUCAGCGACUACGCCUGCCUCCGCGCCCAUUACAUGACGCCCAAGUAUCCGAUCGUGCUGGCCCACGGGCUGAUGGGGUUCGACGAACUGCGGCUUGCGGGGGAUCUGUUGCCCGGGAUCAGUUACUGGCGCGGGAUCAAGGAGGCGUUUCAGGCGCGCGGGGUGCAAUGCAUCACGACGACGGUGCCAAGGACGGCGUCGAUCGCCGAGCGUGCCGAGGUGCUCAUGGAUCAGAUCGCGAAGAGACUUCCUGCGGCGGCCACUGGGGGACAGGGCGAGGAUGGAAACGAUGGUGGGAGAGAAGUGAACAUCAUCGCGCACAGCAUGGGCGGCCUGGACGCGCGGUACAUGAUCUCGCGGCUGUGUCCUCCACCAUCACUCUUCCGCGUGCGGUCCCUGACCACCGUCGCCACGCCGCACCGGGGCAGUUCGACCGCCGACAUGCUGAUCCGGGACAUCGGGCCGGACCUGCUCCCGCGGCUGUACCAGCUCCUGGGCCGCAUGAACAUCGACUCGGGCGCCUUCGCGCAGCUGACCACCCGCUACGUGACGGAGCACUUCAACCCGCGCACCCCCAACGACCCGUCGGUCAAGUACCUGUCGUACGGGGCCAGCGCGACGCCGCACUUGCUGUCCGUGUUCCGUCUGUCCCACGACCUGAUGGACGUGCUCGAGGGCCCCAACGACGGCCUCGUCAGCGUCAGGAGCGCAAAGUGGGGCGAGUACAAGGGCACCCUGGCCGGCGUCACGCACCUGGACCUGAUCAACUGGACGAACCGCCUCAAGAAGAUGGCCAGUCGCGUCGGCCUGGUCGAGGAGAAAUUCAACGCCGUGGCCUUUUACCUUGCCGUGGCCGAGGAGUUGGCUAAACAAGGGUUCUAA